AUGGACAAACACCCUCCCUCGGUCGAAUCGCUUCAGAGGGAGGUCACUGAACUCAUUACGACAUAUCAUGGCCGACACCGGACGAAAGAAGCGACCGAACUGGAGGCUGCGAUGACGACAGCGGGGAAGCGUGCUUCUGCGACCGACACCGACCGCGAUCCAACGGCAAUAAUUCUCGAAGAACUAUCCACAUGUAUGAGAAGAUGCUUGCAGGCUAAGCUGUGGAUCGUGGCUGUAGAUCUCGGGAUCUUGGUGAUGGUAUCCUGCGAGAACCUGAAAGGCGAGCGAGACUCGAUGACCUUGACCGCGAUGAACAAUCUCGCAUCGGCCUAUUUGGGCCGUGGGCAACUAACCCAAGCUGCGGCUCUCGCUUCCCGAGUCGUCGAGUUGAGACGGAAUAUUCUUGGCGAGACCCAUCCCCAGACGUUGACUUCGAUGACAAACCUUGCUUCUGUGUAUCGCAGUCAGGGCCUUUGGCAUGAUGCGCUCAAGCUCGAUGUGCGGAUCUUGGAGAUGAAGAAGAAGACCAUAGGCCCCAGGCAUGCGUCUACCUUGGGUUCGAUGUCAAAUUUGGCUCUCUCAUAUUCCAAUCUUGGUUGGCAUGAGAAAGCCGAGUCGAUCACGAAACAACUAGUUGAUCUUGGAGAAAAGGAAUUACCUCGUACGAACUCCUCGCUUUUAAAUUGGAAACUCAGUCUCGCAUCAGCAUACAGGGAUCAGGGUAAGUUGGAUUCCGCUGAGAAGCUGGAGCUGGAGGUCCUGGCCGCUAGUCGAGAUAUUAAUGGACCACAUAGUCCAUUCACACUCAUCGCUAUGGCCAAUCUUGCAUCUACAUACCGUGAACAAGGUCGAUUUUCCGAUGCCGAACGGCUUGAGAAGGAAGUCGUGACUGGCAGUGAGAGCGGACUCGGCGAGGCACACCCGCAAACGCUCAUGUCCAUAAGCAAUCUAGCUUCAACUUAUCGCAAUCAAGGCCGACUCGAAGAAGCGAAGAAUCUCGGGGAGAAGGCAACGACAGUGAUGAAAGAGGUGCUAGGGGAGCAUCAUCCCCAUACGCUGGUCGCCAUGGCGGAUCUCGCCGUCACAUAUCAGAUGAACAGGCAAUCAACAGAUGCGGAGAGAUUGGCUUCCCGGUCUCUUCGUUUGAUGGAAGCAACACUCGGCAAAGAUCAUCCGCACACGCUCUGCGCAAUGGCCAAUCUAAGCUUCAUAUACCAGUCGCAGAGCAAGUGGGAUGCUGCCGGGGAAAUAGCGGAGACGCUAUAUGCGCGCAGGGAAGAGAUAUUUGGGAAGGAGCAUCCAGAGACCGUGGCGGCUCUGGAGGAGCUGACGAAAGUAGCGCGGGUAGAGGCAGCAAAUCAGAAUGCACAACAGACAUUGUAUUAG